GCGAAGACAACGAACUCGAAAAGAGCUUUGUGCGGACAGCGGAAAAGGCCGAAAGUUUAAAUCACGUCUGCGACUCCGUCUUCGUCUCGUAAAACGCUACAACAUUUUCAUACCAAGAUUGAACACUUGAGCUUGGGGCUGGGGCACACUAGCAACAACCGUGGGAGAUGUCUGCGGUGCGGCAUCGCCCGAUGGCACCGCCAGCCACCGGGGAGCAUGGCGAUAGCGAUGACAACAACUUCACCGACGACGAGAGCUCGCCGCUGACACACGAUAUUUAUGGCGGCAGCCAACGCACUAUACAGGAGACAAAAGGCUGGGAUGUUUUCCGUGAUCCGCCGAUUAAAAUUGAGACCGGCUCGACGGCAAACCAGGAGUGUCUAGAAUUAACCAUUAAGAUUUUAAAAAUCUUUGCCUAUAUAUUUACGUUUAUCAUAGUUUUAACCGGUGGCGUUAUAGCCAAGGGCACAGUUCUCUUUAUGACAUCCCAAGUGCGUAAGGACCGAAAGAUUGAGUACUGCAACAAGGAUUUGGGUCGCGAUAAGAGCUUUGUGGUAGUGCUGCCGGAGGAGGAGCGUAUUGCCUGGAUCUGGGCUUUGGUGAUAGCGUAUUCGCUGCCAGAAAUCGGAUCGCUGAUAAGAUCAGUGCGUAUUUGUUUCUUCAAGACGUUUACGGUGCCUAAGAUGGGUCACUUUCUAUUCAUCUGGCUGAUGGAGAGUCUGAGUGCGUUGGGCACCGCGUUAUUGAUGUUUGUGGUGCUGCCACAGAUCGAUGCCAUCCAGGGAGCCAUGUUGACAAACUGCCUCUGCGUCAUUCCCGGCAUCUUUGGGCUGCUAUCACGUACCUCCAAGGAGGGUAAACGGUUCAUUAAGGUGAUCAUUGAUCUGGCAGCCGUUGCAGCUCAGGUUACUGGCCUGGUUAUCUGGCCUCUGUUGGAGAAUCGUCGCGAACUCUGGGUCAUUCCUGUCGCCUGCGUUAUGAUCUCUUGUGGCUGGUGGGAGAACUACGUGUCACCGCAAUCUCCACUUGGAAUUAUGCGCGCCUUGGGACGCAUCAAGGAGGAGAUGCAUUAUACUCGCUACUUUUGUCACAUGUUCCUCUCGAUGUGGAAGAUUCUUCUGUUCAUCUGCGUCACGAUGCUCAUCUAUUGGGCCAACGGCGAUGAGCCAAGCAAUCUCUUCAGUCUCUACAGCGAAGCCUUCAGUCCGCACAAGAUUGUUGUCUAUGAGUUGCCUGCCGGAUUGGGAGGCGUUCUACCAGAUACAUUGGAAUCGGCUAACAUAGAUACGGUCGAUGUGGAUGCCGCCUACAAUACUGCGAUGUAUGUCCUGCUCCUGCAAAUCUUUGGAGCUUAUCUGUGCUACAUCUUUGGCAAGUUCGCCUGUAAGAUUCUCAUCCAGGGCUUCAGUUAUGCCUUCCCUGUGAGCCUAACUGUUCCUAUUGCCGUCUCGUCCCUAAUUGCCGCCUGUGGCAUACGCAUUGAUGAUCCUUGUUUCUUCCACGGCACCAUACCGGACUAUCUCUUCUUUACCAGUCCAUCGAACUUCCGAUUCAAUAACUUUGUCACUGAACAAAUGGCCUGGGCCUGGAUACUGUGGCUUCUUAGUCAAACCUGGAUUGCCCUACACAUUUGGACACCCAAGUGCGAAAGAUUGGCGACCACAGAGAAACUUUUCGUGAGUCCCAUGUACUCUUCUCUAUUAAUUGAUCAAUCCAUGGCGUUGAACAGAAGACGAGAUGAUCAAGCAGAUGUCAAAACAGAGGAUCUGUCUGAGAUCGAGAAAGAAAAGGGCGAUGAAUACUAUGAGACUAUCUCCGUGCACACGGAUCGUUCCUCGGCGCCCAACAAACCCUCGAUCAAGUCAUCGGACAACAUAACUCGUAUCUACACAUGCGCUACGAUGUGGCAUGAGACCAAGGACGAGAUGAUAGAGUUCUUAAAGAGUAUUAUGAGGAUGGAUGAGGAUCAAUGUGCCCGACGAGUGGCUCAAAAAUACCUGCGAGUUCUUGAUCCAGACUAUUAUGAGUUUGAAACGCACAUCUUCUUCGACGAUGCCUUUGAGAUUUCGGAUCACAGCGACGAUGAUAUUCAGUGUAAUCGUUUCGUUAAACUUUUGAUUGGCACCAUGGAUGAGGCUGCCUCGGAGAUACAUCAGACCACGAUUCGACUUCGUCCACCCAAGAAAUAUCCAACACCCUAUGGUGGCAGAUUGGUCUGGACUCUGCCGGGAAAAACAAAGUUCAUUGCACAUCUGAAGGAUAAGGAUCGUAUUCGUCAUCGUAAGCGUUGGUCGCAGGUCAUGUACAUGUACUAUCUGCUGGGACAUCGUCUCAUGGAGCUGCCCAUCUCUGUGGAUCGUAAGGACGCCAUUGCGGAGAAUACUUAUUUGCUCACACUUGACGGGGAUAUUGAUUUCAAGCCAAAUGCUGUCACCCUUUUGGUGGAUUUGAUGAAGAAGAACCGCAAUUUGGGUGCUGCCUGUGGAAGAAUUCAUCCUGUGGGCUCUGGACCCAUGGUGUGGUAUCAGUUGUUCGAGUACGCAAUUGGUCAUUGGCUGCAAAAGGCCACCGAGCAUAUGAUUGGAUGUGUGCUCUGUUCUCCCGGCUGUUUCUCUCUGUUCCGUGGCAAGGCCUUGAUGGAUGACAAUGUGAUGAAGAAGUACACAACGAAACCGACAGAGGCACGUCAUUAUGUGCAGUACGAUCAGGGCGAGGAUCGUUGGCUUUGCACCUUGUUAUUGCAACGUGGCUAUCGUGUCGAGUACUCGGCUGCCUCGGAUGCUUAUACCCAUUGUCCGGAGGGUUUCAAUGAGUUCUACAAUCAACGACGCCGCUGGGUACCUUCAACCAUUGCCAACAUUAUGGAUCUUCUUGGCGAUGCGAAGCGAACAAUCAAGAUCAAUGAUAACAUUUCACUACUGUACGUUUUCUAUCAGAUGAUGUUGAUGGGUGGCACUAUUUUGGGACCCGGCACGAUCUUCCUUAUGUUGGUGGGUGCCUUCGUCGCCGCCUUUCGCAUUGACAACUGGACCUCAUUCCACUACAACAUUGUUCCAAUUCUCGGCUUUAUGCUAAUAUGUUUCACCUGCAAAGCGAAUAUCCAACUAUUUGUUGCCCAGGUGCUCUCCACCUGCUAUGCCCUGAUCAUGAUGGCCGUCAUUGUUGGUACCGCUUUACAGUUGGGAGAGGACGGCAUAGGUUCGCCCUCGGCCAUCUUUUUGAUAUCGAUGGUGGGCUCAUUCUUCAUAGCCGCAUGUUUACAUCCUCAAGAGUUUUGGUGUAUAACAUGCGGCUUAAUCUAUUUACUGUCCAUACCUUCCAUGUACCUGCUGCUCAUUCUCUACUCCAUCAUCAAUUUGAACGUCGUUUCCUGGGGCACUCGAGAGGUUGUUGCCAAAAAGACCAAGAAGGAGUUGGAGGCGGAAAAGAAGGCCGCCGAAGAGGCCAAAAAGCGAGUAAAGCAAAAGAGCAUGUUGAGCUUCCUGCAGAGUGGCAUUGGCGAUAAUGAUGAUGAGGAGGGAUCCAUUGAGUUCUCCCUAGCUGGACUUUUCCGUUGCGUGUUCUGUACUCAUGGCAAGACCUCCGACGAGAAACAACAACUUACUUCGAUUGCUGAAUCGUUGGAUACGAUUAAAAAUCGCAUUGAUACCAUCGAGAGUGCUGUCGAUCCACAUGGUCAUCAUGCUUCGCGUCACAACAGACGUCGGACCACUUCAAGCGGUUCCAAGGAUCAUCAUUUGCUGUCAUCGGUGGCUGAGAAGUCCGGCGACGAAUCGGAUGAAUCGGACUCAGAUACCUCUGCAGAACCCAAACAGGAACGUGACUUUCUCACGAAUCCCUAUUGGAUUGAGGAUCCCGAUGUACGCAAGGGUGAAGUGGACUUUUUGUCCAGCUCGGAAAUACAGUUCUGGAAGGAUCUCAUCGACCAGUAUCUGUAUCCCAUUGACAACGAUCCUGUGGAGCAGGCCCGUAUAGCAAAAGAUCUCAAAGAGCUGCGUGAUUCAUCGGUAUUCGCGUUCUUCAUGAUAAAUGCUCUAUUCGUGCUGAUCGUGUUCCUGCUGCAAUUGAACAAGGAUAACAUUCAUGUCAAGUGGCCCUUUGGCGUGCGAACCAACAUUACUUAUGACGAGUCCACCCAGGAGGUGCACAUCUCCAAGGAUUAUCUACAAUUGGAGCCCAUUGGUCUAGUGUUUGUCUUCUUCUUUGCCUUAAUUUUGGUCAUACAAUUUACGGCCAUGUUGUUCCAUCGAUUUGGCACCAUAUCCCACAUUCUCGCCUCCACGGAGUUGAAUUUCUGCAAAAAGAAAUCGGAAGAUCUAACGCAAGAUCAACUUAUAGAUAAGCACGCUGUGGAAAUAGUUAAGAACCUGCAACGAUUACAAGGCAUAGAUGGAGACUAUGAUAAUGACUCUGGUUCUGGACCCGAUCGCAUAGCGCGGCGUAAGACCAUACAAAACUUGGAGAAGGCACGACAGCCGCGACGUCAAAUUGGCACCUUGGAUGUAGCGUUUAAAAAACGAUUCCUUAAGCUCACAGCCGAUGCGGAAAACAAUCCAGCCACGCCCAUAUUGACCCGACGUCUGACAAUGAGGGCCGAAACCAUAAGAGCUCUAGAAGUGCGAAAGAAUUCGGUAAUGGCGGAAAGACGCAAAUCGGCGAUGCAGACGUUGGGCGCCAAGAAUGAAUACGGAAUCACAACAGCAUUACCCGUCAAUAACAAUGGGGCAAUACCCAAUCCUCGAAGCGGUCGCGUCUCUAAUGCCGGCAUCAGCAUCAAAGAUGUGUUUAAUGUGAAUGGAGGUCCUGCGGAGCAAAUCUAUGGAUCCAAUGGAGGUGGCACCAUCAAUCAGGGUUACGAGCACGUCAUUGAUGAGGAUGUCGAAGCAAAUUCACUCCGUUUGACCACAAGAAAUCCGCAUCAAGUGUCCUGGGGUCAAAACACCAAUGGCAAUAGUACUGGACGUAUGUAAUGCCUAUUAUGAUUAAAUGGAUCAAAAAUAAUAUGUUAAGUUAGAAAUUUUCAACAAAUUCCACGUCUUUCCUUCGAGUUUUUAGUCAAAAAAUAAAAAUAAAAUUAUAUUUGUAAUUUGUAAAUAAGUAUAGAAAGGAAAUUGCAGGAUCCUUGUCAAUACACAACGAAUAUUAUUCUUAGCUAACCACACUGCCAGUGAUGUUAUCGAAUGGUGGCGUGUCAGUCCCAAAAAAAUAAAACAAAAGAACAAAACGGGGCUACAACGUUCAUACUCUAUGUACUAUAUCAUUUGUUAGGUUAGGUUUAAGAAAUUGUGAUGCUGACGGUCCCCGAUUUAUGGGGUUGUCCGACUACAAUACCAGUGAAUGCUGACACAGAAUACUCAUUAUAAAGCUGAUUUAAAAAGUGCAGCAGUUAAAAAGAAGACCUAUUUAUAUUGUAUAACGACAAACAUGAAUCUUGCUAUAGUACUUAAUAGUUUUUAAUUAACUCAAUUAUUAUGUAAAACCUUCGUUUGAAACUAGAAAUAAAUGUGCAUAAAAAUAUGUUCAAAAAAAUAA